AUGUCGUCCACAUCCGAGUCCGCCGCCGCGCUGCAGCGCUACACCGCCUUCGUAGAGGAGGUUCUACGCCCGCAACUUAAGCAGACACUUGCGCACCGCGACGCGCUGGCCCAGGAAGUGCAGGAGUAUCAGGAGCUGCGUGAGUUGUUGCAAGAACUGGCCCAGAAUGCCAAUAAUCCGGACAAAUCGACAGUACACACGCUACUGGACGUGGGCGAGCGCUUCCACGUGCGCACUAAGGUGCCGGACACGUCGCUUAUCACAGUGGAUAUCGGACUUAAUUUCCACGUCGAAAUGACGGUCCCUGAAGCCCAGAAAUUCGUGCAAAACCACCUCAUCCAUUUGACAGAGAAGAGAAACGAGUGGCAGGAGAAGGCUCGGGAGGUAUCAGAUCACGUGAAUCUCGUCAUUUCGAGCAUCCAGCAGCUCGCGGCCUUACAAUAA